UUUCAGAAAUACAAUUUAAGUUGCCUAGAUCCAAAAGCGUGCAAUAUGGCUCUCGGGAUGGAAAAUGGUAAUAUUAAUGAUAGUCAAAUCACGGCCUCGAGUGAACAUAAAAGUAAAAGUCUUUGGGCGGUUUUUGGAAGAUUGAAUUUUACACCAGGAAAUGGAAAAGAAGGGGAGGCAUGGUCAUCAAAAAACAACGAUCUGAAUCAGUGGCUUCAGGUUGAUUUCCAAAGAUCUACUUUGGUCACAGGAAUCAGUACCCAAGGACGCAUCAAUCACAAUCAGUUUGUUAAGAAUUACAAAGUUUCUUUCAGCCAAAAUGGGUAUAAUUUUGAGGAUUACAUACGAAAAGGAGCAGUCAAGGUAUUUAAAGGCAAUACGGACAGGAAUUCUAUCGUCCAUAACACAGUGAUUCCUCGUAUUUCUGCUCGGUUUAUUCGCAUUCAUCCAACGGCUUGGAAUAAACAUAUCUCGAUGAGAGUUGAAUUUUAUGGAUGUUCUGCUACAUAAAUAUUGGAAAAAGGAAACCCCUUUGUACGAACAAUGCAUACCGCAUUCUUCAGGAUCAUAUAUAGGUAAAUAAGU